AUCUUUCUCAACACCCAGAAACUAAUGACGACUCUGGAGAGAGAGAGAUCAGAGAUGGCGACAGGGAAAGUGGUGGUGGAGAAAGUUGGAGGAAGAUCUACGGCUACGAGUUGCUUCUCUAAGUAUCCUCUCAAGUUCUUACUUCCUAGCAAGGCAGCUCCUGCCGGAACUGACGUUGUCUGGAUUUACAGUAUCACCUAUGGUGGCGGCAUUGUCUCUGGAGAUUCGAUUUUAUGUGAAUUCACUAUAGGUGAUGGAUGCACUGCAGUGAUUACAACACAGUCUUCUACUAAGGUGUACAAGGCAAUAGGAUCAAAGUGUUCUGAACAAAUAUUGGAAGCGAGAAUCGGGAGUGAAGCUCUUUUGGUUGUGAUACCAGAUCCAGUGACUUGUUUCUCCACUGCCCGGUACUUUCAGAAACAGAUUUUUAGAUUGCUUUCAGACUCUAAUCUGGUCCUUGUGGAUUGGAUCACAAGCGGGCGUCAUGCAAAUGGCGAAAAAUGGGAUUUUGAGUUUUAUAAGAGCAUCAACAAUGUCUACCUGGAAGAUGAUCACCCUUUAUUCCUUGACACAGUACUACUAGAGAAGAGGAGCAUCCAAAGCAUAGCCGAACGGAUGCAAGACUAUCACGCCAUAGCAAUGGUCAUACUUUUUGGGGCAAAGCUGAAGGAAAUCCAAAAGCAAGUCCAAGAAAAUGUGAAAAAUAUGAUGUCGGAACAAUUACAGAUCUUAUGUUCUCGGAGACACAAGUCUGAGUCAAGCUCUCGUAAUCGCUUCAUGAAACCAGAGUUUAUAGCUUCCUGCAGCACUUUCGGCCCUGAGGGAAAGGGAGUUGUGAUUAGAAUAGCUUCGGAUUCUACAGAGUCUGUCUACAAUUUCUUGAGGCAACAAUUGGCUGAGCUUGAACCACUUCUUGCUAAUGCAAUCUCGCGCAUUGUCGCGCCUGAGAACUCAAGACCCAGAAGGGAAGGAUAUAGCUCGAAACCACGUGUGCCACGACCCGAAUGGCUGAUUGGGAAGCUGUGCAAAGUAGGUAAACUUGCAGAAGCACGCAAACUGUUCGACGGAUUGCCUGAGAGAGAUGUGGUCACAUGGACGGAUGUGAUUACUGGGUAUAUUAAGUUAGGGAAUCUGAGAGAAGCUAGGGAAUUGUUUGAUAGGGUUGAUUCUAGGAAAAAUGUUGUGACUUGGACAGCCAUGGUUAGUGGGGCAUGUGGUUUAUUCGACCGGAUGCCUGAAAAGAAUGUUAUUUCCUGGACCACGAUGAUUACAGGAUACGUCGAGAAUAAAGAAAACGAAGAGGCGCUUAAAGUUUUCGCAAAGAUGUUAAGGGAUGGCUGUGUUAAGCCUAACGUAGGAACUUAUGUGAGCAUUUUAAGCGCCUGUAGUGACUUGGCUGGGCUUGUGGAAGGGCAGCAAAUUCACCAGUUGAUAUCUAAGUCGGUCCACCAAAAGAACGAAGUUGUGACUUCAGCGCUUAUUAACAUGUACUCGAAAUCUGGUGAACUGAUUGCUGCUAGGAAGAUGUUCGAUAACGGACUGGUAUGCCAACGGGAUUUGAUAUCAUGGAACAGUAUGAUUGCGGUUUAUGCACACCACGGGCAUGGGAAGGAAGCAAUUGAAAUGUACGAUCAGAUGCGGAAACACGGGUUCAAACCUAGUGAGGUGACCUAUCUUAACUUGCUAUUUGCUUGCAGCCACGCCGGACUGGUAGAGAAAGGAAUGGAGUUCUUUAAGGAGCUUGUGAGAGACGAGUCACUUCCUCUGCGAGAAGAGCACUAUACGUGUCUUGUGGAUCUCUGCGGUCGUGCUGGUAGAUUGAAAGAUGUUUUAAAUUUCAUAAACUGUGAUGACUCUAGGCUAUCAAGAUCGUUCUAUGGAGCAAUCUUAUCCGCUUGUAAUGUUCACAGUGAAGUGAGUAUUGCUAAGGAGGUGGUGAAGAAGGUAUUAGAAACAGGGUCGGAUGAUGCUGGGACUUAUGUAUUGAUGUCUAAUAUAUAUGCGGCAAACGGGAAAAGGGAAGAAGCUGCAGAGAUGAGAAUGAAGAUGAAGGAGAAAGGGUUGAAGAAACAGCCGGGUUGCAGUUGGGUUAAGAUCGGGAAUCAGACGCAUCUUUUUGUUGUUGGAGAUAAGUCACAUCCUCAGUUUGAAGCCUUAGAUUCGAUAGUAUCCGAUCUUCGCAACAAAAUGAGAAAGAACAAGAACAUGACUUCAGAAGCGGAAGAAGAUGAGUUCUUGGUUCUUUGAAUUCCUUCUGCAUACCGGAGAUGUAUUCAGACUCCUUGGUAUAAGAUCGGUGAACUGAUUUAUUCAAGCCAUUUGGUGUUGGACUAAACAAUUUUUCGAUAA